AUAAACUAGCAUAUACUUUACCUAGUAUUCCGAAAAUAAAGUUUAGCACAAUUUCUGUGUCGAACAAACAUUUAUGGAACGAUGUGUUUACUUAACAAAUAUUUAAUAUAUAAGUCUCAGUGUAUUGAACUUUGGGUGCGAGGUUAAACAUAUUUACGCAGUCUCGAUAGAAGAAAUAGGCGCCCAAUUUCAAUUUAAACUCUGUCUGACUGUACACCAACUGUAUAAUUAUUAUUUAAUGCAAUAGAACUUGGAAUUUCGUAUGAAGUAACUUAUUAUUUUUACACGCAUGAAGAUACAGAGAUACCGACAACGAUUUUGAGAAAAAGCAAAUGAAUAAUCAUCAAGGAAAAAAUGAAAAAGAAUUAAACAAUCUGUCCAUGCUGAAAGACGUUCAUCGCGUUCUUGAUAAUUACAAUAUCGCCGUUUCUUUCAUCCGAAAACGGCAGGUAAAUGAAGGCUAAUUUGUAAUAGGAGAUACAUUCGAAUGGCACUGUGUACAUUGGAACUACUUGUCUCUUAAUAACAAGUGGUUAUCAUUAUAAACCUAAAAAUAUGGAUGCUGCCACUGAAUCAGAACUUAUAGAAAAGUUAGUGAAAGAAGCUGAAAGUUUGAAAAUACGAUUAGAAGAAGAACGACAGAAAUUAAAUGAUAUUACUCUUGCCAGUGUUGCAGAUAGACUCGAAGCAAUCAAUUGUACUAAUGUGAAACCGCGUCGUGUUUUAAAAGGUCACCAAGCCAAAGUCCUUUGUUCCGAUUGGUCACCGGAUAAACGUCAUAUCGUUUCCUCUUCACAGGAUGGCAAAAUGAUAAUAUGGGAUGCAUUUACAACGAACAAAGAACAUGCUCUUACUAUGCCAACAAUCUGGGUUAUGGCUUGCGCUUAUGCUCCAAGCGGUGCUCUCGUUGCGUGCGGAGGAUUGGAUAAUAAAGUUACCGUAUAUCCUUUGAGUCAAGAAGAUGAUGUAUCAACGCGUAAAAAAACCGUUGCUACGCAUACAUCUUACAUGUCUUGCUGCGUAUUUCCGAAUAGCGAUCAACAGAUUUUAACUGGCAGCGGAGAUAGCACGUGCGCUUUAUGGGAUGUAGAAAGCGGACAACUACUGCAAAGCUUUCUUAGGCAUUCCAGCGAUGUUAUGUCUAUUGAUUUAGCGCCAAGUGAAACCGGUAACACAUUUGUUUCCGGCAGUUGCGAUAAAAUGGUUCUAAUAUGGGAUAUGCGGACUGGUCAAUGUGUUCAAAGUUUCGAAGGACAUCGAUCUGAUGUUAACUCUGUGAAAUUUCAUCCCGGCGGUGAUGCAGUCGCAACGGGUUCCGACGAUGCAACUUGUCGCCUGUUUGAUUUACGCGCGGAUAGAGAAAUAGCCGUUUACGCAAAAGAAAGUAUAAUAUUUGGAGCAAACGCUGUUGACUUGAGUGUCAGUGGACGGCUGCUUUUCGCCGGUUACAAUGACUACACUGUAAAUAUAUGGGAUACUCUGAAAUGUCAACGAAUCGCAUUUUUGUAUGGACACGAAAAUCGAGUAUCUUGCUUACGAGUCUCUCCGGAUGGAACUGCCCUUUCGACUGGAAGUUGGGAUUCAACUCUACGAGUUUGGGCUUAGCUUCGAUAAAACUGCACUUGCCAUCUCAUUACAUUGUGUUAGAUGAAACCCGAACAAUUCUUUAUGCAAAAUGUACAUUUUAAGAUCUAUACAAUAAGAUUAUCGCAUAUACAAAGAUUUUAAGUACAAUACUCCAAAGAGAACACGAUGUAUGAAUUAUUGUAGCAUAAGAGAAAUGUUCUACUCAUUAUACAGGAUAUUGUAGCAAAUAAGUGAGAUUAGUAAUUGUGAUUGAAUAUCACGAUUAUAACAAUGUGAUAGUUGACAUUAAUCAUUUUUAGGCUGGUCCUAAUUUAUAGGAAAUUGCGUGAAUAGUUCAUCUAUUUAAUCAAAUGUGUUAUUGUCCUGUAUAAAACUUAAUAAAACAUUGAUUUAUGCAUAU